GGCUUCGGCUCCUCUUCGGCUCCCGGCCCGGCUCGGGCGGGGGUCGGAGCCCUGGAUAGGCGGCGAGGUCGGUGGGCCGGCCGAUCCGCGCGGGCGUCGGUCCGCUGCUCCCGGAGGUGCAGUUGGAGCCCCGCAGCCGCCGGGGCGCGCGCGCUGCCCGCAUGGCCGCCAUCAAGGCGCUGCAACAGUGGUGCCGGCAGCAGUGCGAGGGCUACCGCGACGUGAGCAUCACCAACAUGACCACGUCGUUCCGCGACGGCCUGGCCUUCUGCGCCAUCCUGCAUCGCCACCGGCCCGAACUCUUAAACUUCGAUGCUCUCAGGAAGGAAAACAUUUAUGAGAACAACCAACUGGCCUUCCGUGUGGCCGAGGAGCAGCUGGGCAUCCCAGCCCUGCUGGACGCUGAGGACAUGGUGGCCCUGAAGGUGCCUGACCGGCUGAGCAUACUGACCUAUGUGUCACAGUACUACAACUACUUCCACGGACGUUCCCCCAUUGGGGGCAUGGCUGGUAUCAAGAGGCCCCCGUCAGGCUCCGAUGAGGAACCGUCUGGGAAGAAGACCCCAUCCCAGCCGGCCAGGCCCUCACCCACCCCAGCCCAGGGUCAGCCGCUGUCUCCAGCUAGCACAAAGCCUGCUGUCCAGUGGAAGGAUGGGAGCUCAGAGCGCCCCCUGCCAAAGACUGGCCAGGCCUCAGCGGGCAGCUCCGUCAGCAGCACCUGUGGGGUCUGCGGCAAGCACGUGCACCUUGUUCAGCGACACCUGGCUGAUGGGAAGCUCUACCACCGGAGCUGCUUCAGGUGUAAGCAGUGCUCCAACACACUGCACUCGGGGGCCUACAGGGCCACUGCUGAGCCCGGCGUCUUCGUUUGCUCCAGCCACCACCCCGAAGCCGCCCCUGCAGGGCCCACGUGGCAGGUCCUGGCCCCCCGACAGCCAAGGGCCGGCCCCUCGGACUCCAAGCCGCCCAGAACCCCGGGGAAGGCCCUGGAGGCCAAUGAGCACAGAGACACAGGACCCAAUGCCAACACAACUCCCAAAGGUGUCGCCCCCACCACAGCUGACCCUCGAGCCACCAACUCCUCCCAUGUGCACACAGCCAAGUCCUCAGCGGGCCCCCUGGGGGGCAAAGCCAGCAUGCGUGUGGCCAACAGUUCCCCAAGAGGGUGGUCCUCACUGCUACAGGACACCACCCCGAUCGCCCCAGACUCUUGCCCAGCCACCCCACAAGGCCGGGUGAUCCCCCAGGUGGCAGCCCCCCAGACCAAGCUCAGGUUGGGCCCGGCAUCUCCAGGCCUGGCAGACACCCCAGACGGGCCCCCAUCGGCCUCCAGGGCACAGCAGGCCCGGGAGAAUUUCUUCCAGACGCCUGGAGCCGCCCCCUGCCUUGGCCCAGCUGGCAGGGCCCCAGCUCCCGCGGAUGUGACUUCUGGGGACAGCAGCAGGGAGCAGGCACGGAGCUUCCUGCAAAAGGCCCUGCCAGGGCCCAGGGACACCGGCACUCAGGAGCCUGGCAGGCCCUCCCCUGUCACCUCCCCUGCUCUGAAAUCCUACACCAGAACAGAAGGGCCACGAGCAAGUCCACUGGCCAAGCUGUCACAGCUGGCAUCUCCCCAAGCCCUUAGUCCCCCUUCAAGUACUGAGCCUCCAGCCCCCCUAAAUGGGGGCACCACCUCACGGGCAUCCACACCACCCCAGGCGGGCACGAAGAGCUCACCUGUGUCCUCAGGGGUCGGCAAGGCGGGUGCUGGCUCCAAGCUAAAGCUGGAGGUCCCGCAGGCAAAGGGCCCGAGUGCCAGCCCCCAGGAAGGCCAGGAGGACGGGCCAGCGGGAUGGAGGGCCCGCCUGAAACCCGUGGAGAAGAAAAACCCUGCUGAGAGGGGUCCAGACCUGAAGGAGCCACGGGUCCUGGGAGAGCCCAGGACGGGCAAUGCACCUGGGAAGGUCCCUGGGAGCUCCAAGGGGCACGUCCGCACUUCUCCGGCCCACCUUGGGCCUGAGAGGACACGGAGCACAGGGAGCACUGGGCCCAGCCUCUCAGCCACAUCCCCCUCCCUAUCCCCGUCCCCGAGCCGCCGCAGGAAGCUGGCUGUCCCUGCCAGCCUGGACGUUUCUGGAGACUGGCUUCACCCUGAGCCCCCAGAGCAGGAAGCCUUAGCCCGGAGCUGGAAGGAGAAAGAGAAGCCCCCUGCCCCCAACCCACCAGGGAGGCCCUUGGGUUUGGCCAGUGGCCCCACUGCACCUGGCAAGCGAGUGACCAACACCAUCAUGCCACCCGCUGACUACGUGCCCUGGGAGAUCCAGAAGCAGAUGCAGGACAUCGAGAGGCAGCUGGACACCCUGGAGCUCAGGGGCGUGGAGCUGGAGAAACGUCUGCGUGCGGCCGAGGGGGAUGCCUCGGAGGAUGUGCUCAUGGUGGAGUGGUUCCAGCUCAUUCAUGAGAAGCAGCUGUUGCUGAGGCAGGAGUCGGAGCUGGUAUAUAGGGCCAAGGACCAGCGCCUGGCGGAGCAGCAGUUGGACCUGGCUGGGGAGCUGCGUCGGCUGAUGGCCAAGCCCGAGGGUCUGAAGUCACCUCAGGACCGGCAGCGGGAGCAGGAUCUGCUGAGCCAGUAUGUGAACACGGUGGACGACCGCAGCAGCAUCGUGGAUGUCCUGGAGGAGGACCGGCUCAGAGAGCAAGAGGAAGAUGAGAUGCUACAGAACAUGAUCCAGAAUCUGGACCUCCACAGAAGCAGUGGGGACCAGAGGAAGAAGCCCAAGUUCCGCUUGUCCAGGAUCUGGUCCCUGAAGGGCAGAAGCAGGACCCCCGAGUGAGCUGCCUGGCACCCUUGCCCUUGACCCAGGCAGGGUGGGCACCGUGAGGGUGGGAACGUGGGGGUGGAGUCUGAGUGCCUCAAUAAAGAAACUGACCAUGUG